AUUUUCUGCUUGUUCAAGACCGCUAUGCCUAGUGCGAUUGAUACUUUCCAAUUUUUUGAAUUUUGUGACACUAGUGUGUGUAGUUGGAUGGGGGAAGGAAAGUACGGGGGAUGUCUGCAGACGGAUAUCCACCAGCUGACAUUCAACUAUUUUGAUUCAAAUGGUAUGCUAGAUUUGAGAUGUAGCCAUGUGGAUGUGAUUUAUGUGGACAACACACCGUUGAGAUGUAAAGAUGUAGACCUAUUCUUCUUAACUCAGAGACCGCUCACUGUUUAUUUGAAUGGUGAUAUGUGUCAUGUCUCCUCCUCUAGGAGCACCCGUCCUACCGCCAGUAUCAGAAGUACCAAACAUCCCACCACCCAUACUGCAACCAGUGGUACCACGCGAGCUACCAGUAGCAGCAUUUUAAAUGAAUUCAGCGAGCAUGUCUCCUCGUCUAGGAGCGCCCGUCCUACCGCCAGUAUCAGAAGUACCAAACAUCCCACCACCCAUACUGCAACCAGUGGUACCACGCGAGCUACCAGUAGCAGCAUUUUAAAUGAAUUCAGCGAGCAUGUCUCCUCGUCUAGGAGCACCCGUCCGACCGCCAGUAUCAGAAGUACCAAACAUCCCACCACCCAUACUGCAACCAGUGGUACAACGCGAGCUACCAGUAGCAGCAUUUUAAAUGAAAUCAGUGAGAUUGUGGGAUUUGACAAUGGUGCAAAUGAGGGAGACAUACAUAAUGAGGAGAUGGGCACCUUCACGACUAUUGUGUUAAUAGUUUCAUCUUGGUAAGAGAACAUAACUUCACUGGCAUGUCGUGGUGUCUUGUGGUAGCAACUUAUUAUGCUUAUGCUUAGCUAUGUAGUAGCUAUUGGUCUCCUUCUGUUGAAAACAAGUCUUGUUUGCACUCCAUUGGUAUUCAAUUAAUAUGUGAAGAUUAAUCUUAAAAACUUUUUUCCUCAAUGCUCUUCAAAUAUAUUACUCACCAUCUGCUAAUGUGUGUUGUGUCAAGGUUGCACUACUAUGAAAGAGAUAUUGAAACAGUGAAAAAAUGCUCUUGAGGAUAUUGAUAAUGGAUACCUAUGAUGAUAUAUUAAAAUCUUAAUUUUGUAGGUUUUCUUGGACUACUUAUAUAUGUUGGAAAUCAAAUUAUUGACAUAAAGAAGAAGUUGAUGGAAAUCAUAACAAUUUUGAAAAAAUUGUAUGCAAUUGUUAAAGGUUUUUGCAAAAUGAUUUUGAAAGUUUUUAAAGGCUACAAAAAUCCAACAAUUCAGCACAUUCAGAAAGAUAAUGGUGCACAUACAAGUAGAUAUCCACAAAGAGCUAGAAAACAGACUGUUUUCUAUGGUGACCCAGUUAAAUUUUGAAAAUAUGAAACAUGCCAUUCAUAAGAAUACAUUGCAACUAUAUACAGUAUCAAGUUUGCAGCUUUAAAAUAAUUGACCUCUUUGAAUGAUAUAUUUUCAAAAUUUGUUUGUUUAUCAAUUAAAAAAAUCUUUGUAGGCUGUAACCAUAAGUGUAAAACAUUUUAUUUCAGCUGCUUCAUUAAUAUCAUCCUGCCUGGCAAUCAUAUAUUUUGUAUGUAAAAGCAUUGCUUGGCUGCGAGCUCGUCGUAGAAAAAGGCCAUUUUCAGAUAUAAAAGCAUACAUUGAUGAACAGUUUGAAACUCUCGAAGCCUACAGAUUUCGAAAUCGCCUUGCAGGGUUUGGAGAAGAAAAUGAUACUCUAGUUUAAAAUUCCUUUAAAAGUUCUUUUCAAUUUGAUUAUACAGGUAUAUACAAAUAUAUUUUAAAGAUUCAACAUUACUAUAUCAUCAAAAACAUAGUAGUACAUUAUUAUUUUUAUUUCAUACCAAAUGUGUUUACUUUGGAAUAUAAAUGGUAAGAUAUGCUUACCUUUUAAUCUGUG